UCAGCCAACAGAACUGUAUUUACAACGUUCGUCAUCUUCCUGGUCUCUUAUAGGUUUAAAAUAUGAGUUUACUUACGAGGAAAAUAAUGAGCAAUGUGGACGAAUCCGCUAGACCAUAUUUUAUCUACAAAACGUUCACAUUUGCGAAUGCAUUAACAGUGUCUGUCCCAGAGGUUCUUGGGUCGCAGUAUGGGAUGUACGUCUGGCCCUGUGCAGUGGUUUUGGCUCAGUAUGUGUGGACUAUGAGAGAGAAAAUACAAAGGAAAAAAGUACUCGAGCUAGGUGCUGGGGUGAGUUUGCCAGGAAUUGUGGCUGCUAAAUGUGGAGCUGAUGUGACUCUGUCAGACAGCGCUGAACUUCCGCUGUGUCUGGAACACAGCAGGCGCUGUUGUGAGCAUAAUGAUCUGCCUGGAGUGCCUGUGGUUGGUCUCACCUGGGGAGAGAUAACACCAGAGCUGAGGUCUCUACAACCUGUAGAUAUUAUACUGGGAUCAGAUGUUUUCUAUGAACCUGAAGAUUUUGAAGCUGUACUUGUAACAAUCUCCUUUCUUCUAAGGCGAAACCCUUCUGGUCAGUUCUGGACCACAUAUCAAGAAAGAAGAUUGGACUAUAGAAACUUUGGUGAACAAAUGGAACCUUCAGUGCACUGAUGUAUCUUUGGAUGUAUUUCAUGCAAACAAAAAACAUCUAGCUGGAUCUACUCUGCCUGGAAAUCAUUCAAUACAAAUGAUGAUUGUAACAGCACAGACCAUGAUGUAAUAAUGUAUUUGUUUGUAAUUAUAAUGUUGGUUGAAUAUAUAUAUAUCAAAAUAAUAAAAUCUGAGACAUCAAAACCA